AAAGAUACCAAAUGAUAUCUGUUUAAAAUAAUUAAGAAAUGGAUUAAUUUGUCAGCCACCCUUUUUGGAUUCAUAACCAGUCACUAUGAUUACGAUUAUAUUUAUUACUUAAUUCCCCAGAUAAAGUCGGUCGUCUCCUAAUCAAGCAUACUUAUAUCUUUGACCCUCACGCCUAGAACAACGUCCAUGAAUUGAACUCAAUACCAGAAAGGAAAAAAAACUGAUGGGAAAUACUUGUAAUUCAUGUGAAUCCACCUCAGUGGUCACAGCAAAGAUGAUCUUUGAAGAUGGCAAACUCGAAGAAUUUUCAUACUCAAUCAGGGUUUCGCAGAUAGUACAAAGAAACCCUAAGUGUUUUGUAUGCAAAGCAGACGACAUGGAAUUUGAUGAAUAUGUUUCAGCGAUCAAUGAAAACGAACAUCUUCAGUUAGGCCGUCUUUACUUCGCGUUGCCAUCAAGUUGGUUAAACAAUCCUCUUAGCACUGAACAGAUGGCUGCCUUGGCAGUGAAGGCAAGUUCAGCCCUGAAGAUGAGUACCAGGGGCGGAUUUUGUUCGUGUUGGAUAAAGAAAGUAGAUCCCGCGAUUGAGUGGAGUAGCAAGAGCCCUAGUGAUGAGACUAGUCCGAUGGUGGCGACAGGCACCCACAGUGAUGGCGGAGGAAUUGUUGCGGAGAGAAGAGGGAAGAGUGGUGGCAGAGAAAGGAAAUCAACGACUAGAUUGACUCCAAGAUUGAGUGCUAUCUUUGAGGAGUAAGGGCAUAUGCCAUUGUUUUUUCC